GAGGAAAAAACACUCAAAACUCAAAAGUGAAAAUAAAAUAAAAUAAAAUAAAAUAAACCCACUUGGGAGAUCAGAUGAGAAAAAGGCCAGGCUAAACCUGCGAGCUUGUCUGACCUAAAGAGCUGAAGACAAAUUAAGCACAACAACAACAACAACAAGAAGAGAAGAUGGCUGAAGAGCAAAUAGAUUAUGAAGAUGAGGAAUAUGGAGGGGCUCAGAAGCUGCAAUAUCAAGGAAGUGGAGCCAUACCGGCCCUUGCAGAUGACGAACUGAUGGGAGAAGAUGAUGACUUCGAUGAUCUCUACAAUGAUGUUAAUGUUGGAGAAGGUUUCCUUCAGUUGCACCGGUCUGAGGCUCCACUCCCACCUGGGGGUGUUGGCAAUGGAGGACUUCAAACUCAGAAAACUGAUGUUCCUGAACAAAGAGUGGAAGCUGCGGGUGCACAAGAGAUGGGCAUUCCUGGGGUUUCAGUUGAAGGAAAGUAUUCUAAUGCUGGUGUGCAUUAUCCUGAGCAGAAGGAGGGGUCAUCUGCUGUAAAGGCACCUGAAAUGGGAUCUUCUAGUUACCCAGACGGUUCUUCGGUCUCACACAGAGGGAGGGUUGUUGAAAUGACUCAUGAUCCCCAAUUCAGAAACAUGGGAUUUCAAGGAUCCACAUCUGUGCCCCCCAAUUCUGGGGUUGAUCCUUCUGAUAUGCCUGGAAAAAUUCCUAAUGAGCCCAUGCCUGUGCUGAAUUCUGCCACUGGUGGUCCUCGAGGCGCUCAACAGAUGCCUUCAAAUCAAAUCAAUGUGAAUACAAAUGUCAAUCAUCCAAUAAUUAAUGAAAGUCAGAUCCGGCCACCUGUAGAGAAUGGUCAAACCAUGCUGUUUGUGGGAGAACUACAUUGGUGGACAACUGAUGCAGAGCUUGAAGGUAUUUUAUCUCAAUAUGGGAGGGUCAAGGAAAUUAAGUUUUUUGAUGAGAGAGCUAGUGGUAAAUCCAAAGGCUAUUGUCAAGUUGAAUUCUAUGAUUCGGUUGCUGCAGCCUCUUGCAAAGAGGGAAUGAAUGGUCAUGUUUUCAAUGGGCGACCUUGUGUUGUGGCCUUUGCUUCUGCACAAACAUUGAAGCAGAUGGGAGCUUCUUAUAUGAGCAAGAACCAAGCUCAGAAUCAGUCUCAGCCUCAAGGAAGGAGGCCAAUGAAUGAAGGUGGGGGGAGAGGGAACAAUAUGAAUUAUCAAAGUGGAGAUGGAGGAAGAAAUUACGGACGGGGUGGAUGGGGACGGGGCGGGCAGGGUGUACUCAAUCGAGGUCCUGGGGGUGGACCAAUGAGAGGAAGAGGAGGGGCCAUGGGUGCAAAGAACAUGGUUGGGAACAAUGCUGGAGUUGUAAGUGGUGCUGGAGGAGGAGGUUAUGGACAAGGCCUUGCAGGUCCUGCAUUUGGGGGUCCUGCUGGUGGUAUGAUGAACCCACAGGGCAUGAUGGGUACUGGGUUUGAUCCCACAUAUAUGGGUCGAGGAGGUGGUUAUGGAGGUUUUCCAGGUCCUGCUUUUCCUGGAAUGCUUCCUUCAUUUCCAGCUGUUAAUACGAUGGGACUUGCUGGGGUGGCACCUCAUGUCAAUCCAGCUUUCUUUGGUCGGGGAAUGCCAGCUAACGGAAUGGGAAUGAUGGGUUCUGCUGGAAUGGAUGGUCAUCAUGCAGGAAUGUGGAAUGACACAAGCAUGGGUGGAUGGGGAGGAGAAGAACAUGGUCGAAGGACGAGGGAGUCAAGUUAUGGCGGUGAUGAUGGUGCUUCAGAAUAUGGGUAUGGAGAGGGAAAUCAUGAAAAAGGAGCAAGGUCAAGUGCUGCCUCUAGGGAAAAAGAGCGGGGAUCUGAGCGUGACUGGUCAGGAAACUCUGAGAGGAGGCAUCGUGAUGAGAGGGAACAAGACUGGGACAGGUCUGAAAGGGAACACAGGGAGCCCCGUUACAGGGAAGAAAAGGACAGUUACCGAGACCAUCGUCCAAGAGAACGUGACUUGGGUUAUGAGGAUGAUUGGGAUAGAGGGCAGUCUUCUUCAAGACCUCGGAGCAGGUCCCGAGCAAUGCCAGAAGAAGAUCAUAGGUCUCGAUCCAGGGAUGUGGAUUAUGGAAAGAGAAGACGCUUGCCAUCAGAGUGACACAAGCAUGAUGUUCAUCCUUCUUUGGCAGGUUUUAUGAGACCUCACAAUCUAUGUUCUCACUCUUAGAGUUUCUCUUUUGGAUAUCUAAAGUGCACCUUCAUCAUUCUCUCUGGUUCUCAGUGGCCCCACAUUCAAAGUGUGGCUUAUUUGAGGGAGUAAGUAAGUUCCACUUGUGUUGGUAUGGGGGAAGAACUAAUUUCCAUUGCUUUCGUACUGCAUAAUACUGAACAUCAUUAGCUGCAACGCUUAAUAUUUGUGUGCUGAAAAAUGAUUGAUGACUUUCAGUAGCAUACCAAUGUGGAUAUUUCUGUGGCUUGGACUCCUGGUAUCCUUCACCAGGUAUCCCAUUGGUAGCAUAUUUAUACUGCUAUCUAUCUUCAAGACUGACUUGUGCUAUUGGUACAAUUGGAACCUUCUUGUUUGUUUAUAUGAUUGUGGGAGUUAAUUAUC